AUGGUUGAUCAGAAGCAAGCAAAGACGCUAAACACACUCGCUGUCAACGUAACAAAGCAGAACGAAUCGCAUGUUUCGGAUUUUUAUUACGCCGUUCAAAUAAGCAUUUGUCUACUGAAGCCAUUCGGUGCUUGGCCGCUCAAUGAUGAUAAGUCGAAGUUCAAGAUCGUUCUACACAGGACAUCGAUGGUAAUCGCCAUGUUCCUCUUGAUCUUCGUCAUUGCACCGAUGAUAAUGCGCAUGAUAAAAGAAAGAGACGUCUUCCUGAUAAUCCAUAUGAUGUGUGAGCUGCUCUUCACCUUAAUGGUUUUUGCGAAAUAUGUUUUGCUGCUUUGGCAUCAGGAUCGUCUCAGGUUCUGCAUUGAUCACGUAGCCAAUGACUGGAAGUACGCGAUAAUCGCCGAAGAUCGUGACAUCAUGUUGGCGAAUGCUCGAGUCGGUCGCACCUUCGGCAUCACUUCCGUGGUAUUUAUGUUCAGCUGCGGCAUAUUGUAUUAUUUACAUCCUAUAGUCACACCAAAUUUAGUCAAUGAGGAUAACGUUACAAUAAGACUGCAUCCAUCGGCCUGCGAGUUUCUUGUGUUUGAUUCUAAGGCUAGUCCUGUGUACGAGAUUGUAUACUUCUUACAACUUUUGUCCGGUUUCACUGCCUAUGGUGCAUUCUGCGGCAUUUGCAGCUUGAUGGCCAAUUUCGUUGCACAUGUAUGCGGUCAGUGUGAUGUGUUAAUGUCACUUUUAGAGGAGCUCGUAGAUGGUGGUAAACACAAUAGCGGAUCCAUCGACAAUCGGAUUGCUACCGUGAUAAACCGACAUUUGCGUUUGCUAAGAUUUGUUUCUGACGUAAGCAGAUUAUUUACCGAGAUAUGUCUCGUGGAGUUCAUGAAUGCUUCGUGCAACAUAUGUUUAAUGGGUUAUAUUAUUAUAACCGAUAUGAAUAAUAAUGAAUCGUUCGUGCAGAUUUUUAUGUACUUAUUCGGACUCGUGUCAGUCAUUUUCAACGUGUUCAUGUUCUGCUACAUUGGACAUUUGCUCAAAGAGCGUUGCCAGCAGGUGGGAACUAUUUGCUACACGAUCCAGUGGUAUCGAAUGCCAUCCAGAAAGGCGAUUGAUUUAUUAAUGCCGAUCAUAAUGUCUCAAUACCCUGCGACUCUCACCGCCGGAAAGAUGUUGGCGAUGACACUUACCACGUUCUCUGACAUCUUAAAGACGUCAAUGGCGUAUUUCAAUUUACUCCGUGAAUUUUCCUCGCGAGACUGA